AACAGAGUGUGUUUUUGCAAAGAAAACUCCAAACUCAAGUAGGCUAUACUAAGGUGAAAAAGGAGAGAUGGCAGCUGCAACAUCUAGUGCUGUGUUAAACGGGUUUGGAUCUCACUUCUUGUGUGGAGGAAAGAGGAGCCAUGCCCUUCUUGCUGCUAGCAUUGGAGGGAAAGUUGGUGCUUCUGUUAGUCCUAAAAGAGUUAUUGUGGCAGUUGCUGCUGCACCAAAGAAGUCAUGGAUCCCCGCUGUAAAAGGUGGUGGGAGUUUCAUAGACCCAGAAUGGCUUGAUGGCUCGCUACCAGGUGACUAUGGUUUUGACCCACUAGGACUAGGAAAGGACCCGGCAUUCCUGAAAUGGUAUAGAGAAGCUGAACUCAUUCAUGGGAGGUGGGCAAUGGCUGCAGUUGUAGGCAUCUUCAUUGGGCAGGCAUGGAGUGGAGUUCCAUGGUUUGAGGCUGGAGCUGAUCCUAAUGCAAUUGCUCCUUUCUCAUUUGGCUCUCUCUUAGGUACCCAGUUGCUCCUAAUGGGGUGGGUUGAGAGCAAGAGAUGGGUGGACUUCUUCAACCCAGAUUCUCAGUCAGUGGAGUGGGCCACUCCAUGGUCAAAAACUGCUGAGAACUUUGGCAACUCUACUGGUGAACAAGGCUACCCUGGAGGAAAAUUCUUUGACCCUUUGGGAUUCGCUGGAGCUAUCAAGGAUGGCGUUUACAUUCCGGAUGCCGACAAGCUAGAGAGACUGAAAUUGGCUGAGAUUAAGCAUGCUAGGAUUGCUAUGUUGGCUAUGCUGAUUUUCUACUUUGAGGCUGGCCAGGGCAAGACACCCCUUGGUGCUCUUGGCUUGUAAGCAAAAUAAUGUACACUAGGGAGACAACUUGAAUCAUUGUCCUGUACAGCCAGAUUUCUCCCUUGAGAAGUUUCAAAUUUUAUGCUCUAAUCUUGGAUGCAUUCACCUUGUAUCUGCAUUAUACAUUUAUAAUAUCGACAACUCGUAUAAAUACUUGCAUCUAUAUUUCAUUUCCAAAA